UGUGAGCGCAGCCAUGGCCACGGAGUCCCCGCGCCGCCCCAGCCGAUGCACCGGGGGAGUGGUGGUUCGUCCCCAAGCUGCCACGGAACAGUCCUACAUGGAAAGUGUUGUUACAUUUCUCCAAGAUGUUGUACCACAGGCCUACAGUGGAACACCUCCGGAGGAAAAGGAGAAGAUCAUUUGGGUCAGAUUUGAAAAUGCAGAUUUAAAUGAUACAUCAAGGAAUAUGGAGUUCCAUGAAAUCCACAGCACUGGGAAUGAGCCCCCACUCCUGCUGAUGAUCGGAUACAGCGAUGGGAUGCAAGUCUGGAGCAUUCCUAUCAGUGGUGAAGCUCAGGAGCUCUUCUCCGUGCGCCACGGCCCCGUUCGAGCUGCUCGCAUCCUCCCAGCUCCACACAUCAGUGCUCAGAAAUGUGAUAAUUUCUCUGAGAAGAGACCUCUGCUUGGGGUGUGCAAAAGCAUUGGAUCUUCUGGCACCAGCCCACCCUACUGCUGUGUGGAUCUGUAUUCCUUGAGGACAGGAGAGAUGGUCAAGUCCAUCCAGUUCAAGACUCCUAUUUAUGACCUGCAUUGCAAUAAAAGGAUACUUGUGGUGGUCCUGCAGGAGAAAAUUGCUGCCUUUGACAGCUGCACUUUCACCAAAAAGUUCUUCGUUACCAGCUGUUAUCCUUGUCCAGGGCCAAACAUGAACCCUAUUGCUCUUGGAAGCCGUUGGCUUGCUUAUGCAGAAAAUAAGCUGAUCCGAUGCCAUCAGUCCCGUGGUGGAGCCUGUGGAGACAACAUUCAGUCUUACACUGCCACAGUCAUUAGUGCUGCCAAAACGAUAAAGACUGGACUUACCAUGGUGGGGAAGGUGGUCACACAGCUCACAGGGACUCUGCCCUCAGGAGCCACCGAGGAGGAGAUCCUAGCCCACAGCAACAUCCGUCGGAGUCCUCUGGUGCCUGGAAUUGUCACCAUCAUCGACACAGAGACAGUGGCAGAAGGACAGGUGCUUGUGAGUGAGGACUCAGACAGCGAUGGCAUCGUGGCUCACUUCCCUGCACAUGAGAAACCUAUUUGCUGCAUGGCUUUUAACCCCAGUGGGAUGCUGCUGGUCACAACCGACACAUUAGGCCACGAUUUCCACGUUUUCCAAAUCCUGACACAUCCUUGGUCAUCCUCACAAAGUGCUGUCCAUCAUUUGUACACACUUCACAGGGGAGAGACUGAAGCCAAAGUCCAGGACAUCUCCUUCAGCCACGACUGCCGUUGGGUGGUGGUCAGCACCCUCCGGGGCACGUCCCACGUCUUCCCCAUCAACCCCUACGGAGGACAGCCCUGCGUGCGCACACACAUGUCCCCGCGCGUCGUCAAUCGCAUGAGUCGCUUCCAGAAGAGUGCAGGGCUGGAAGAGAUUGAGCAGGAGCUCACCUCGAAGCAAGGAGGACGUUGUAGCCCUGUCCCAGGCCUCUCAAGCAGCCCCUCUGGAUCACCACUCCACGGUAAACUGAACAGCCAAGACACUUACAACAACUUCACCAACAACAACCCUGGGAACCCUCGACUGCUGCCCCUGCCAAGUUUGACUGUGGUGUUGCCUCUGGCUCAAAUCAAGCAGCCAAUGACUUUGGGGACCAUCACCAAACGCACAGG